AUGGGUUGUGUGAAGUCGAAGGAAGUGAAUGAAAGUAGAGUGACUGAGUUAGGGCGAACGAGUCCGAAUGAGUUGCUGAGUCAUAGCUUUGGGAAAUUGGAUAAGUCUGUUCAACGUCAACUCGAGGCGGUUGGUUGGCCGAAGUGGCUUGUUGCCGCGGCUGGUGAAGCUAUUCGCGGUUGGAUUCCAUUAUGUGAAGAUAAGUUUCAGAUGAUGGAACAGAUUGGAGAGGGUACAUAUAGCCAAGUAUUUAAGGGGAGAGACCUUCAGACAUGGAAAUUAGUAGCACUGAAAAAGGUGAGGUUUAACAGUUUAGACCCGGAAAGUGUAAGGUUCGCGGCAAGGGAGAUAAUGAUAUUGAGAAAGCUUCAUCAUCCCAAUAUCAUGAAGCUUCAAGGGUUGAUUACUCCGAGAUUAUCUAGUACCUCCUUAUACCUUGUGUUUGAGUACAUGGAGCACGACUUUGCCGGGCUCUUGGGCAAUCCCGAAGUCAAUUUCACUCAACCACAGAUAAAGUGCUUUUAUGAAGCAAUUGUUAUCUGCUGUUGA